AUGGUUGUACACCCACAUCGUGUUUUUAUUUUCGAUGACACUAUAUACCUAUCCCUCCAAUUUUGUCAUUAUCUUUUAUUUCGAUUGGUGAUGAAGAGUGCUUCGUAUACCGGAAGAGAGUACAGUAGUGGGGCUCGCGUAUACGAUGACUUUGAAUCCGAUACGAACGUUCUCCUUGAUUCGAGAAAAAUUAAGCAAUUUCCAAAAAGCAAAUACAAUCUAAAGGUGAUAGUCCCAAGUCUAUGUGCAGUAUUGUGUAUGUUCUAUGUGAUUGGCCAUUAUGGGAGUUCUAACGAGUCUGUGAAUUUACGAAGCUCCUCCUUGAAACAAGAUGGCGUGUUUGAUCUCGUGAUCGUGUCUGACCUCGACAAAAAGAGUCGUAUUGUCGAAUCUCGCAAAGGAGAGUGGAAGAGCAUUAUGAAGAAAGGAAGACUUUUGCGUGACAAUGAGGGACGAUAUUCCAUUGAGUGGAAAGGAGAAAGCACUCUCACUGGCAAAAUCAGUGAAGCGGGAAGAGGAAUGGAACUGAGUGCACUCACCUGGUUUAGGAACAAGCUGUAUGCGUUCGAUGACCGAACUGGAAUUGCUUUUGAGAUUCGCGGUUCGAAGGCCAUUCCUCGUUACAUCAUGAUGGAGGGUGACGGAAACAACGACAAAGGUCAGAAGACGGAGUGGGCGACCGUCAAGGACGACAAGAUGUACGCAGGAAGCUUUGGCAAGGAGUACACGAAUCCCGACGGUUCGAUCAAGAACACGAACAACAUGUGGGUGAGUGUAAUCGAUUCCCACGGGCAAAUCACACACGAAGACUGGACCGAUCGAUACAACAAGCUGCGGCAAGCAGUUGGCUGUCCUUAUCCAGGCUACAUGAUCCACGAAGCGAUUAGCUGGUCGCCUCAUCGCAAGCAGUGGGUGAUUCUGCCGCGUCGUGUGAGCAAGAAGCCGUACGAUGAGAACGAAGACGAGCGGCGUGGGUCGAACACGGUGAUUCUGGCUUCCGAAGACUUCAGCGAGAUCGAAGUGAGGCAUAUAACGACGCUGACGCCGACUCGCGGCUUUUCGGAGUUCAAGUUUUUGCCUGGGUCGAAGGACAGCGUGAUUGUGGCGUUGAAGAGCGAGGAGAACGAGGAGGAGAAGACGCAGAACUCGUAUAUUAUGGUGUUCAACUUGGAUGGAACGAUGCUGAUGGAGGAAACGGAGAUUCCGGGGAAGAUGAAAUUUGAAGGACUCGAGUUCAUGUGAUGUGUUGUUUGUAAUUCGAUUAACGAGUGAUUGAU